CAGGAGACCUUCUCCAAGGCUGGCGGCGUCGCGAGCCUGACGGCGCAGGACGACGACCUCUUCGGCAAGGUCGCCUUCAAGACGGCGGACGCCGCCUGGGAGGCGAAGAUGAGGGUCGACGGCACACAGCUGGCGGGGAGGAGACUGAGGGUAGAGUUCGACAUCAACGACGAGACCCUGAGAAAGCUGCUUGUGCACGGGAUACGGCCCGACGUCGGUCCGAAGGCCCUGAACCUGCACUUCGGGGGCAAGGCGGAGGGCGUGUCCUUCGCCAGCAUCCACGGCGGCUACGAGGUGAGGGUGCACUACAAGGACAUGUUCUCCGCCAGGGACGCCAUCGCCCAGCUGCGAGGGAAGACCCUGGAGGGUGAGGCGGUCAGCUGGGGCAGGAUCAUGGACGUAGACUGGCCGUGGGACGCCGUGCCGGGGGGCGCCGAGGUCAGGGUGCGGAACCUGGACUCGGGCAAGACCGAGGAGCAGAUUGCCCAGCGCUUCGGCGAGGUCGGCGAGGUGAUGCUGGUUGAGAGGCGGUCCGGCGGGCUCCCGUUCGAGUUCUGCGACUGAGGGGGGCGCUCCCUGCGCGGGACUCCCUGGCGGCACCCGUCGCUGCGGGCUCCUCCUCAUCUCCCCCCCAGAUUACACAGCAUGAGAGUGUCGCGGAGUUGUCUUUCGGCAUUGCCGUUUCCCGCUGGAACCUUCUCCCACUGCAGCAUCUGCCACAUUCCACGAUCUCCAGGGAGCCCCGUCUUUGCUUUCGAAAUGGCUUUUCUUAAUUAGAACGUUCUUACGUGAUGCUCUCGCUGCAGUACCUGCCACGAUCAAUGAAUGAUCUCCAGAGAGCCUCGGAAUGCCGCCCUCGCCAUAGUGCUGGCAGUACUCCUGCAUCA